GAGAAAGCUUCUCUUAAGCCUGCUCCUCCGCGAAAUGUCUGUCAAAUUUCUUUUUGUUAUCUUCGGCGGGAUUGCUCUUAGCCUGGUGGAAAAUGCAAGGAUUUUGCCUCGAGUUAAAAGACAAAGCUUAAAAGUGAGGAUUACUGCAAAGGAUGACAGUAUCGUUCUGCAGUAUCUCAGCACCAGCCCCGUCAUCAAGCUUCAAGGCUAUGUUCUUGGACUCGGUGGUCGAUUCUCCAAGCAGAACAUUACGUUACCUGGCAAUGGGGAUCCAAUCGAGGUCGAUGUUGAUUUCAACCCCAAGUACCUCGUUGCCGUGCAUCCCGUGGCUGAGCAGAACAAUGCUGCCUUAGGGAAGAAAUGCAAAGGUAUUCCUGAUCUUCACAAGCCACCACAGCUAUCAAUAGAUCCUCAAACACCUACCUCGGUGCUUCUCACAUGGGGAUUCAAUUUUAAAGAUAAAGGCUAUAAGGUUGGAAAGGAAUGUGAAAGUGAAAGGCAAUAUACCAUCCGGUACAGAGAAAAAGAGCGAGACAAGAAAUGGAAGUAUCACUUGUGUCCAACAAGUGAAGCAACAAUAGACAAUCUCAAACCAAAUACAGUUUAUGAAUUUGGGAUACGGGUUACUAAAGCAAAAGGGGAUGGUGUUUGGAGCAAGCCCACAAUCUACAGCACUACCAUAGCUCCUCAACCGAGAAGCACAAAAAAUGACCAAAGUGAAAAGAAAUUAUUAAAUAAAGUUGAAGUAAACUUUAACAGUGAAAAUUCCAAGCAUCCAAAGAAACCUGAGUUACCAGGGAAGACUAACAUUAAAGGAAUGACAGCAGUAAAGCAAUUAGGUGCACCCAGUUCAGCACACAAUCGAACAAGCUUGAAACUACUUCCCAAAAAGCCUGAGAUUAGUACAAAAGCAAUUGUGGGUAGCCAGUCAACUUCCGACAGAGUAGAUGUCCAGCCUGAGAAAAAGCCUACUAUCAUAAGGAAACCAGAGCAUACUCGUGAUGAGCUACACGACAAGGAAGAAAUAAAAGAAGUGACUACAAAUACUGUCUCUAAACCAUCACUGAAAACAAUCAAAACAAGAAAAGAAAGUGAGAAACCGGCAAUGAAGCCCUUAACAACGAAAGAAUCCAAGUUGUCAUCCUCAGUCAGUCCAUCCUUCCCAUCGAAACCUCUGCUUCAUUCUGACAGAACAGAAAUUCAGUUACCAGUUUACUUCACACCAAGCACAGCUUCUGAACUUGAUACCAUGGAUAAAUUCACAGAAUCUGAGACACCAUCACCCACCAUUAUGCCAUUCAUUACAUUAAGAACAACUUCUGACCAUGCUGAUGUGCGCAAUCAGGAUCUUCCAGAAGCUGAGUUGCCAUCAUCCAGCAAUUCACUUUUAAGCACCUCAGACACUACAUCUGCAUUAGAUUCCGUGGAAACCAAGCAGUUCUCAGAGCCAGAGAUGCCACCUACGAGCAGUAAACUUUCCGAACCAACAUCUGAACCUGAUGACAAGGAUACACAAAAAUUCACAGAGCAUAAAAUACGAUCCUUCAGCACCACCUCAGUCAAUCCAAUUCCUGAAUCUGUUUCUAUGGAUGUGGAAAGAUUUACAGAGCUUCCUUCCAGUACUAGUUCAUUUUCGUCCAGUUCAAACAUGGCUUCCAAACCUGAUGUCACGGACACAAUGUGGUUGACAGAAACAGAGCCUGAGGAACCAUCCUCCUGGAAUGCACUUUACAUCACUUCACCCACAACUUCAGCACCUGAUAGUGUGGAUUACAAACAAUUCACAGAAUAUGUGGUUGAACCCACCACCAGUUCAGUUUUCACCACCUCAAAUACAAUUUAUGAAUUUGAUUCUACACAACGGAAACAGACUUCAGAUCCUGAGGUUUCAUCAUUCACCACAACUAAAGUCUUCAUCACUUCAAAUCCAUCAAAUCCAACUACUGAAGCAGAUGAUGAGGUGCAACAGCCAUAUGCAGAAUAUGAGGUGCCAAUCUCUGACAUAAAUAAUAUGUCCACUUUAACGGCAGACCAUGAACUUCCAGUUACUGACACCCCUAAUGUGACCUAUCCAAUCCCAGAAACGGAAUCUGUUAAGAUAAGAGAAACUGAAGCUACAGGCCACAAGGAGCCAACCACUGACACUCCUAGCAUGUUCAGAACAAUUUCAGGCUCUAAGCCACAAGACAUUGACCCUCCUAAUGUGUUCAAUAUGAUCCCCGAAUCAGUAACAACUAAAAUACGGGUUACUGAAGUUACAGAUCGUAAGCUGCCAAAAUCUGACAAUUAUACAUCCAAUCCAGCCCCUAUAUCUGAACAUGGUUACACAGAAGAACAAGAAUUUAAAGCCCCUGAACCAACAGAUUCUGAAACUUCUCACAUGCUAAUUUCAACCCCAAGAUCUGAACUUGAUAAGAAAGAAGACAAGGAGAUUACAGAUUAUAAACAGCCAGCUUCUGGCACACCAAAUGUGCUUAGUCAAAGCCAAGAACCCACUCGCGAUAAGAUAAUGGACGAGGAUUUGGCAGAAUCUGAUCCUCAAUCAGACAUACCUUUCAUCAGCACCUCAAAACCAGUACACAAAACUAAUGCCAAACCGCACCGCGCAGGACCCAAAACACCGUCAACUGUUGGUCAGUUACCCUCCACUAGUUCUCGAAGUACUCAAAAAAGUCCGCCUGUCUUCAGAUCAACCCCAGUAUCUAAUAUUGAUGGCCAGGGGCAAGAAAGAUUUAGAGGCCCUCAUGUGAAAUAUCUGACAAAGGAAAACAUGCCCUGUUCCGUUACUGAAUCACUGAGGCAUUUUCAAGAGGAGGACUCUACAAAUGCAACUGCCCUAACUGCUCCAAAAUAUCCACCUUCAAACCUUACCCUUGUGACCGUUGAAGGCUGUCCGACCUUUCUCAUAGUUGACUGGAAGAAAAAUGAAAAUGACACCGCAAGCGAGUAUGAAGUUGUAUCACAAAUGCAAGGUCCUGACAACAAAACAGAGAAACUUGUUACUGUUACCAAUCAAACCCAUGCUGCAGUGGAAAAUCUCAAACCAAACACUAGCUAUACGUUUUCAGUGACACCUACAAACAAACAUGGCAGAGGCCCAUCUAGUGACUCACUUGCUUUUGUUACUGAAUCAGCGGACCCCAGCGUAAGUGAAUACAUACCAGGAAAAGAUGCAAUCUGGACUCAGUACAGUUUCAAAUUUGAUUCGUAUUCAGAAUGCCAAGGCAAGCGAUUUGUUAAACGAACCCGUUACAGGAAAUUUGUCGGCAUUGUACUGUGUAACUCUCUGAGAUACAAGAUUUACCUCAGUAAUUCCCUCUCAGGCAUUUUCUACAACAUCGGAGAUUUAUCGGGGCACGGGGAAGAUCACUGUCAGUUUGUGGACUCCUUCCUAGAUGGGAGAACAGGCGAACAUCUCCUUCCUGAACAACUACCAAUCAGACAAGGUUUUUAUCGAAGUGUUCGCCAAGAGCCGGUUAUGUUUGGCACAAUAGGUGGGCAAACACAUAUCAAUUAUGUCCACUGGUAUGAAUGCGGCAUAGCUAUUCCUGGGCAAUGGUGAGUCAAACAUCUACAGUACAAGCAAUGAAGAAAAAGCAAAGACCAAAGGAACCAAGUCGUUAUAUUCUAUUGAUAUUGUUCCUGAUAUUCAACGUAAGAUUCAGAUAGAUCAUGUGAUGUACAAAAUGUUAUUUUUAAGCCGCAUUGAAAUGCUUACAUAAUGUGGUACAGGGUCAAGUGUACCCAUUCUAAGGCACAUAAUUGAAAUAUUCCACAAAUAAAAUGGCUUUAGAACAAUACAACCACAAAAUCGGGCAGUAAAUAAUGACAUCUACAAGAUGUUAAAAGCAAUUUUCUGACCAACUUCCACUUAAAAAAGGCCAGAUGAAAAAUUAAUGUGCUACUUCCAAAAGUAGUAGUGGCCAUUAGAAAAUUGAUGUAAACAUCUAAGUACACUAAAAUAAAUUAAUGCUUACUUCUCACCCAGAGUGUUGUAAGUAACUAGUAGUGCUGCCCUGAUUUUUGCAAUCUUAAACCAACCGGCUAUUUGGUCAAUAUGUCCUUUACAGUUUGCUUUAUUUAUCUGAAGAAACCCCCUAAUUUUUUUUGAAAACACAAGCUUUGAUACUGGGAAGCUGGCUCCCUAUACCAUCAGUUUUGAAUAUAAUUGUUUAAAUGUUAUUUAUCAGGAAUGUAUUUAAAACAAAACAACAAAUUGUAACUUCUAUUCACAAAGUGUUGGAGAAGGGUUUUUUUAUUUAGAUGUUUUGUAACAAAUGAGCUUCAGGAAUAGAAGAGAAAUUUCUCUCAUUGUGUACCCUGAAGACCAAGCAGUUCCUGUACCAAUUGUACCCAAAAUAAAUGUAGUGUAUGUGUUGUUUUGUCCAAAGGAUGUACUGAAAACAGAGGUACCUAUGGGGGGGGGGGGAAGCCUUUUGUUUCUGCUAGUUAAAUUGAUGGUUACACUAUUUUAGUCAAAAAAAAAACAAUAUUUACAGCCAGGAUAUUUUCUUUACACACCCAAUUUGUAAUUUUUUUAUUAAUGCAUGUAUAUUUAUCCACAUUAUGGUGAGCGUACCAGAACGUACAUUCACAAAUAACCCUAUGAAAAUAUCUAAUUAUAAUAGUGCCCCGAUGAAAUUGUUGGCUAACAAACAUCCACACAUCCAUUUAAUGAUGCUUACUACUGUUGCUCUUGCAGGUGUUCUUUCAGUACUUGCAGAUAUUUUAUUCCCUUAUAUUCUUACCACAAAUGGAUAGGAAAAGUGCUAUAGAUUUUAAAAUGUACAUUGUAACUAGCUUCGCUGGAGUGAUUUAAAAAAAAAUUCAUAAGUCUAAAUUACCCACGUAACUCACAAAAAUGCUCAGCACCAAACACCUGAGUAUGCAGAUAGGGCAGUAAUCUCCAGCUUAGCUGCCAAAUAUCUGUAUGCAUUCAAAUCCUUAGUCAUUAACAGUUCCUUAUAAACAUGUUCCUCACAUGUUCAUGCACAUCACAGAAGUUUUCAAUAAUAUUGUAAUGCUGUAACACAUAUUCAAACAUCUUCAUGGAAAUACACAUGUUCUCAUGUACCUGUUCAUUGUGGUAAAAAAGAGAAAACCUAACUUCACAAGCCUCUCAUUGCCAGUUGUGCAAUGUCAGACAUAAGCACAGGCUAAAAGAUAUCUAAUAAAGCUUGUGUGGAAACAGGCAGUUAUCAAACAUUUAUUUAUUCAGUCCCUACAGAGCCCCCAUUGUAAAAAUUCAGCAAACAUUGUUCUAAAAAUGCUCAAUCAUCACAUCUUCAAAAAACCCUCAAGCACCAUUUCUUAGUGUCCCUAUAGAAAGGUUUAAUUUUCAAUCUCUGGUCUUAUUGCAGAAUGCUGCAAAAACAGAUGAAAUGUAAAUCAAAUCUCCACUCCUAACAGGUGCUCAGUUGCCAAACAUUAACAAAUGCUCACACAGACAUUUAGCUUUGUUGGCCUUGCAAUUUAUUCAAUUAUUUGUGGAGGUUUUUGUCUCAUAUUCUGAUGUCAAAUGGAUACUAUAGGUUAAGUAAUGCAUACUAAUAUAUAGUUUUUCUCCUAUCUGACAUUGCUAGUUACACAAGUUUAUUUGUGAACAAAUGGCUGCAGUUUGUAUUUAGAUUGUCAGUGGCCUUACUUCUGCAGAGUUUUUGAUAAAUUUUGCAAGGCUGCUUGCAGCAGUGAAUUAUGCUGUCAU